CUGAGAGAAUAGAAAAGAAAAGAAAAGAAAACGAGAGAAAAAGAGAGAGAAAAUUUUGUGUGUCUCACAGAGAGAGAGAGAGAGAGAGAGAGAGAAUGGAGAAGAAUCGAUAUUAAGAAUCGACGUUGAUGGUGGUGGUGGCUAGAUUUUGAGGGUUGUUUUUUUUUUCUCAAUUUUUCACCCCAAAAAAAAAAAAUCAAAACUCAACCAAUUUUUUUUGUUCCGUCGAAUCUCACCGGUAACCACCACCAUGCGUCGAGGAAGAGUCGCAGAUCCAACGCCGGAGACCAAGGAGACGCGCUUUCGCGGCGUCAGAAAGCGUCCCUGGGGCCGAUUCGCGGCGGAGAUUCGAGAUCCAUGGAAGAAGGCUCGCGUCUGGCUUGGUACCUUCGAUUCCGCCGAAGACGCCGCCAGAGCCUACGACGCCGCCGCCAGAUCGUUCAGAGGACCCAAGGCCAAGACGAAUUUCCCCACCCCUGACGAAAUCAUCGCCGGCGGCGGCGAUGAAAUCUCCCAGAUCCCAAUCUCACACCACCAUGGCUUCUCGAAAUUCGACCCGGUGAGGCCAACCACCAGCGGCAUGAGCAGCACCGUUGAGUCCUUCAGCGGACCUAGGGUUCCGUCCUCCUCCGCCGCCGCUAGGGUUCCUCGCCGGCCUGUUAACCCGGUCCCAAUCGAGGACUGUCACAGCGAUUGCGACUCCUCUUCCUCCGUUGUCGACGAUCAGGAUUGCGUUCUCACCUCCUCCUUCCGGCAGCCACUCCCGUUCGAUCUCAACCAUCCUCCUCCGCCGUCCCCUUCCGCCGCUGCCGCCGACGACGACGAUGACCUCCGAGCAACCGCCUUGUGCCUCUGAUGGAUCUGCUCCGCCCCAAUUUGCCCCAAUUUCUGGUAUGAUGAUGCUUUCUCGGGAAAAUUGUUUUCUGGGGCUCGCUGGAUUGAAGAGAAUAAUAAUUUUUUUUCUCCUCUCUCUUUGAAAUUUUCCAACUUUACUUAAAAAAAUGAGUUUAUUUAAAAAAAAUCUCACCUUUGUUAGAUUAUUAUGAUUAUGAUUAUGAUGAUGUAGAGAAAAUAGGCAUAGCCAUCUUCUGUGUAAUGUGAUAAAUGAUGGAGGGUUAGUUUCUCCUUCAGCUUGAUGGUUAUGUCUUGGUGUUGUUGUUGUUGUAAGAUUGUAAGUUAUUUGGGUCUUGUUAUCUUCAUAGCAUUGGACCUGUGAUGAUCUGAGAGUUCUGCUGUUGUUGUAUCUCUGGAUCUGUUUCUUAUCACUUAGAACUUACUCUUUUUUUUUUGAUUUUUCUGUACAAAUGUUAUGGCAAUCAGAUGAUAGAAUAAACUACUUUCUGCUUA